AGAGUGCUAACCAGUGGGCCACGGCCACUAGAUGACAAUCAGUGUGUGACAGAGCAACUAUCUGACACACUUUAUCACGUAUAUUAUUUCGAUUUGUAACUGACACAAGGCAAAAUGCAAAAGGCAACAUGCUCAGGUGCACACAACAAACCUGACUUGACUGCAAAGGUGCCUUAGACAUAAACAGCAUUGCACAGGCUUCUCACUUCCAUAGUACACUUUACAAUAAUGUUAACCAUUAGUACCAUCACACAGGUGUGACAGGAAUAUUGGAAAAUUAACAUUCUAAAGAAUAUCUGGGUUCAUUGAAUUCAACAUGGAAUUUUAGAACCUUGAAUUGUUGCGGAAAAGAAUAUUUUGUAAGAAUGUUCAAAAACUCACACCCUUAGCCUAAUGUAAAUAGAGCAGGGGACAAGCAAAUACAGAACAUUAAUCUGUAAGGAUCAGUUUAUUACACAUGAAACAUAAACACAGGAACAGUACGUUUCUGCUUUCGAUGAAACAAAGACACCAGCUCCUCUCUGCACAUUUGGUUGGAUAGCCUACAAAGACACUCCUAGUAUCAAUAUUGUCGUCAUGAGCGCACAAGGAAGGGCUCUGAGUUUAAUUGGUUUAUGGCCCUAGCAUAAAAAGAGUGCAGUUCCCGUUGUAAUAGAGAAAUGCUUGGUGAGGUAGUAGUGAACAGUAAGUGACAAAACCCAAUCAGAUAAUCUCGCCACCGUGGGAUCUGUUUGUCCUCAAGAUUCAGGACCAAGUCCUCAAGAUUCAGGACCAGACCUGUUUUUUCUUCACCGUCAAAUUUUAGAGGACUCCAACAGGAGGACUUUUUUUUAUCCAAUAUUUUGCGUUGGUUGCUUUGGAGGUCAGCCAUGUCCACUGGUGUGGAGAUUGUAGGCUUCUUCCUCGGCGUCGCGAGCUGGUUACUCACGGGAGCAUGCAUUACGAAUGACUUCUGGAAGGUCUCCUCCUUCUCGGGCAGUGUGAUUAUCUCCUCGCGCCAGUAUCAGAACCUCUGGCAUUCCUGUGCCGAGGACAGCACCGGCAUCAGCAACUGCAGAGACUUUGAGUCGUUGCUGGCCCUGCCAGACUAUGUUCAGGGAUGUCGCGCCUUAAUGAUUAUCGCCUUGCUUCUCGGCCUGGCAUCCAUCAUUGUGGCGGUGCUAGGACUGAAGUGUACUAAAUUAGGAAACACGUCCCGAGAGGCCAAGGGCAAGAUCGCCUUAACAGGAGGCAGUUUAUUUAUCCUGUCAGGCUUAUGCACUUUAUCUGCUGUAUCCUGGUAUGCUGGACGCAUUGUGCAAGAAUUUUAUGACCCUUUCUACGGAGGCAUAAAAUUUGAGCUGGGGGCUGGACUUUACAUGGGGUGGGGGGCAGCUGCUCUCGCCAUCCUGGGAGGAGGGCUGCUCUGCUGUUCAUGUAAGAUGGGAACAUCAGCGUUGCCACAAGGGGGUUACACCUAUAAUUACUCUGCGCAAGGACCAACGAAGACAAUCUACCGGACGGCUCCAAUGUCGGAAUCGGGAAGCGCCAAGGCUUAUGUCUGACAAUGCUUUAAAGAACAUCUGCCAUUGUAUGUCAAGACUGGUUUAAGGAAAUAAAGUCAGCAAAAUAUACCCUCCAGUGUGCGAUGUAUACUAGUUUUUGACUUUUCAAUAGUUCUACUGCACACCAUCAGCACCCGGAGGAAGAAGGGCUGUGCACAGGGAUUUUGAACCUUACUGGUUUAUAGAACUUGUAGCCUAUCUCUGUCUUUUUAUUGUUACUUUGUGUGUACAGUGACCUCAUUUGUGUGUGUUGGUAUGAGCAAUUAAUUUAGCAUUACAACUGUAAUUUUGUAGAUAAUGGAUUUAUUUUGGAAUUGUGUGUCUUGCUGAAUAAAUAAACAAUUUGUAUUCAAACAUACAUCAAGCCCA